AUGUAUAGAAGGGCAUUUUUAAAUUUGUUACCCUCAAAAUUUUCUAAGGAGGGACUUUUGUACCUUCCUAAUUCAUAUAAGUCUCCACAAAUUGUACACAAUGCACGAGCUUUAUCCUUGUCUGUAGCAAAUCAAAAAAAACGGAAAAGUCCUGAAGAAAGGGCAAUAGAGAACCAAGGCAGAAGAGUUAUAAGAUAUGCACCAAAAGCUGGAACAGAAGUUGUUGGAAUAUGGAGGAAUAUGACAGUUCAAGAAAUAGCUAAUGUGUUAAAAAAAGAUAUAGAUCAUGUGUUUAAAGCAUUGGAAUUUGCCGAUAAGGAGUCUGAUAUUGUUUAUAAAAAAAAUACUGUUAUUCACAAUCCUCAGAUCAUUAGAGACAUUGUUAAAAUAUCUGGUUGUAGAUUUAAAAUUAUUGCUAAACCAAAGGAAGAACUGGAAGAAGAGGAGAAUAAAGACGCAGUUCCAGCACCUCCGGCUCCUGUAGAAGCCCUUCGACGGCGCCCCCCAGUUGUCUGUGUUAUGGGGCACGUUGACCAUGGUAAAACAACACUGUUAGACGCAUUGCGGAAUACAUCUGUCGUUGAAACUGAAUUUGGUGGUAUUACUCAACAUAUUGGUGCCUUUGAAGUACACCUACAAUCGGGCGAUAAAGUAACGUUCUUAGACACGCCUGGUCACGCGGCGUUUAGUGCGAUGCGGUCACGCGGGGCACACGCCACUGACAUUGUAGUACUGGUUGUAGCAGCUGAUGAUGGAGUCAUGGAACAAACUGUCCAAUCCAUACGGAUGGCUAGAGAAGCUAAUGUUCCAAUUUUGGUGGCGAUAAAUAAAGUGGACAAGCCAGGUGUAGACAUUGAACGCACAAUGAAAUCCCUAGCGCAGUACGGUGUUGUUUGCGAAGCGUUAGGAGGUGACGUUCAGUCCAUUGCUGUGUCAGCAUUAAAAAGGCUGAAUUUAGACUCCCUGGUUGAAGCUCUCAUUGUUCAAGCUCAGAUGAUGGAACUUAAGGCUGACCCGGGGGGGUAUGUGGAAGGGGUGGUGAUAGAAAGCCAAGUGGAUGCGAAAGUUGGAAAACAAGCGACAGUACUAGUGCAGCGCGGUACACUGCGUCAAGGGUGUAUCGUGGUUGCUGGUACUGGAUGGGGGAAAGUCCGAAUACUUAAAAAUGCAGAAGGUGGUAUAGUUACUGAAGCUCCACCCUCGACUCCUGUAGUAGUGUUGGGCUGGAGGGAACUUCCCGCUGCUGGCGAUGUGGUACUAGAAGUACCAUCAGAGAAAAGAGCCAACGAAGUUAUGCGAUGGCGUCACAACCAAUUUAUGAAGGAGAAACAACAAUCGGAUCUCGAAGUGAUCACGGUUAAGGCGGCGGAACAUAAUGCUUUGUACCGGGAACAAUUGAUGAAACGUCGCGCAAUGGGACGGUUCCGCGUACGCGCCACCGGCCCGAGGGACAAGAUGAUACAAGAUGAUGGCCAUCCAACCCUCAGUGUACUUGUUAAAGGUGACGUGGAUGGUUCAGUUGAAGCGAUUCUCAACAUUUUGGAGACUUACGACGAGCAUCAUACUGUGAGGCUCGAUUUAGUACACUUUGGGGUCGGCCAGUUGACUCCUAAUGACCUUGAGAUAGCAGAAGCAUUUAAUGCUGUCAUAUUCGCAUUCAACGUGGAUAUACCUCCUGCUUUAGCCGUAGAGGCGAAGCAGAACAAUGUAGAAGUGAAAAGGCACAACGUUAUUUACAAAUUGGUGGAUGAGGUGAAGCAGCUCAUCAAUCAGAAGAUUCCCACUACACAGCAGGAGGAGCUUCUUGGUGAGGCAAAAGUUUUGCAACAGUUCCUAGUUUCGGAAGGCAAGAAGAAAGUGCCGGUGGCUGGAUGUCGCUGUACCAAAGGAACGCUUUUGAGACAGGCUUUGUAUAAAGUGAUACGGAAUGAUCAAGUCGUGUUCGAAGGUAAAUUAGCCUCAAUGAAGCAUUUAAGAGACGAAGUAACAUCAAUAAAGAAUGACACAGAAUGCGGGAUCCGGUUCGAUGAUACGAGCUUUGACGUACAGCCCGGAGAUAUCGUAGUGUGCUAUAAACUCGUAGAUGUCACUCACACAACGGAAUGGGAUCCUGGAUUUUAG